AUGAAUACGGAAACCAUACAACUGGACCAGACACCGAUGACGCUGGAAUCUCAGCAACAACCCCAGCCAAUGACAUUUAUGGAGCGAAUCAGACAAAGUUCACACCCUUUGUGCCUCGUCAUAUACAUGAUACUAAGAGUGGCACCGAUAUUCAUCUACAUAUUUGGGGGCCUUUUCAUUGGCUUUAUAACAAAAAAGAAUCAAUUCAUUGUCACAUUCAUAACAAUCAUUUUGUUGGUGUGUGCUGAUUUUUGGAACCUCAAAAAUAUUGCAGGGCGUUUGUUGGUAGGGCUUAGAUGGUGGAAUGAAACUAUUCCUUUAGAGGGACAUCCUGGCGAGUUCGAGAAUGUUUGGGUAUUUGAACUGGCAGAUCCCCUGCGCUAUAUCAAUCCUAUCGACAGCUACAUUUUCUGGUUGUUGAUGUACGCGGUGCCAGCAGCUUGGGUCGUUUUGGCUAUCAUGGCUGUGUUGAAGCUUGAGUUCUUGUAUUUGAUUUUGGUGGCAGUGGCAUUGUCAUUGAGUUGCACUAAUUGUAUGGCUUUCACAAAAUGUGACAAAUUUGGUAAAGCCAACGUUGUGGCAAACAAUGUCAUGGGUUCGGUCUUCUCACAAGUAAGCGAUGGAGUGCUUGGGAGAUUCUGGAACAGACAAUGA